AUGCGCACUCUCGUCAUCCUCACGCUCCUGGCUCUCUUGGUGAUGGCUGCCACUUGCUAUGAGUCCCAUGAGAGCAUGGAGUCCCACGAGUAUCUCAAUCCCUUCCUCAACAGGCGAAGGGCCAAUGACUUCAUACAGGCUGACUCAAGACUAAGAGCCAUCACUCAGGAGAGGAUCAGGGAGCGCAGUAAGGCACCCCAGGAGCAUCAGAGGGAGCUCUGCGAGGAUUACUACCCCUGUGAAAUGUACGCUUUUCGCCAUGGCUACCCUGCUGCUUACAAGCACUAUUUUGGGAGGAGGAGGACUAAGUAA